AUGCUGCACGUUGCAUGCAGCGGCUGUGUCGUCGGCGGCGACGAGGACGGCGGUGGCCACGGUGACGACGAUGACGGGUACGAGUGCGCUUCUUGCACAGACUUGGCCGCGUCCGCGGUCUACGUCAAGAGCUCGUACCUGGAUACCCUAUUCAGCGGCUUUGCGCCCUGUUUAUGCCCGGAGUGCUCUUUCGAGGGUUCGCCGGCAGACCUCGUGCGCCACCUCACGGACAAGUCCGGCAAGCACGGCUGGGCCGCCCACAAGAUCACGUACGGCAAGGACCACGAGUACGCCAUCGACGCGCAGAAAUCCAAGGGGAAGCACCAUGAGCUCUUGGUCGCGGAGGAGGACGGUGCCUUAUUCCUCUUGGUUAUUGAAUUUAACGGGGACGCCAAGAAAGACUUCGUGUUCCUUGUGCGUGUCACGAAUAAAGCUGGCGCGGUGUACAGCUCCUCGGUCGCCGUGGAGAGCCCUCCGGCUGUAGGGCUCACUGUUAUGGUGGAAAAGAAGGUGAUGGCUAGUCCAAGAAGAGUGGUGGACCGUGACUAUUUUAUCCCUGAGCCCAAUUCUUUAGAGGCUUCUCCGACCGGAUGGAGAAAACUAGCCGACCUACUGCAAGAGGCGACGCGGAACGACACCGGAGAGAGUGCCGCCGCUACCGCUGCCGGAGAGCCAGACAGCAGCAAGAGCGGACAGCAGUCCGUCGCUGCAGCAGCUGGGAAGUCUGUGUCGGAGCCCAGCUCCGGCUGCAGCACGGAGCCGACACCAGUGAGGGAGGCCAGGAGCCGGAAAGAGCGGGCCUGGUACGCCGGCCGCUGCUGCCUGCCGACCUUCGUCCACAGCCUGGCUCUAGACGAGGAGGGGCGGCAGAAGACGGGCCCUGGCCCCUGCGCUGUCUGA